AUGGGAGUUGACAUCGAAACUAUCAAGGCCGGAGAUGGUGCUACCUUCCCGAAAACGGGUCAAACCGUAACCUGCCAUUAUGUCCUUACCCUACAGAAUGGAAAGAAGGUGGACAGCUCGCGCGAUCGUGGGUCCCCAUUCAAAUUCAAGAUUGGAAAAGGCGAAGUUAUCAAGGGAUGGGAUCAAGGAGUAGCUCAGAUGUCUGUUGGGCAGAGGGCCAAACUUACAAUCUCUCCGGAUCUUGGCUACGGAUCGGGCGGAGUUCCCGGAGCAAUCCCUCCAAAUUCUACGCUUAUCUUUGAUGUGGAACUGAUUAGCGCAAACUGA